AUGCGAAAAACUGACCCUAAUGGAACCCCGUCCCUCUACCGCCUUUUCGUAUUCGCACUUAUAAGCUUCCAAUAUUGCACAAUCGCGUCUACAGAACCAAUUUUCAUUGAUGUUACGGAAUCCGCAGGGAUAACAUUUGUGCAUACCGAUGGCAGAAGCGGUGUGAGACUCUUCAACGAAUUUCUCGGAUCUGGUGGUGGAUUUUUCGAUUAUGAUGGCGACGGCGAUCUCGACAUCUACCUCGUCAAUGGCGCGGUUCAGACAGGAGGUGGACAAGACCAAACCCCGCAUAACGUCCUCUACCGAAACAACGGCGAUAACACCUUCACUGAUGUCACCGACAAGGCAGGUGUAGGAAGUCGUGCCUACGGCACUGGUGCCACUGUCGGUGAUUACGAUAACGAUGGCGAUAUAGAUUUGUACGUCACCAACUUCGGUGAAGAUCAGCUCUAUCGGAAUAAUGGCGAUAGCACCUUCACAGACGUGACAACACACGCCCAAGUUAACAACCCGAACUGGGGCACCAGUUGCGCGUUUGCCGAUGUGGAUAACGAUGGACACUUGGAUCUCUAUGUGGCAAACUACGCCGCGUAUGCGCCUGAGAACGACAUCCGGUGCGAAGAACGUGGGGUUCACGUCUAUUGCGGUCCGCAUGCGUAUCCGGCGGUUCACGAUACUUUUUACAAGAACAACGGAGAUGGCACCUUCACCGAUAUGUCGGUUUUGUACCGUCCCUCGGAUCUGAUGCCUCAGCACGGGUUAGGCGUAACGUUCGGCGAUUACGAUGCCGAUGGAGAUACCGACCUCUACGUCGCGCAACGAUCAGGAUCCGAACUUUCUGUUUCAAAACAGCGGAAGCGGCAAUUUUUUGGAGGUUGCAUUAAUUUCAGGCGUAUGCUACAAUGA